AUGGCUCGACCUUUAUGCAGAGAAUCACUGCGCUUUCGACUUACGAGGGUUCCAGUUUCCGCACAACAAAGCCUCUUUUUUUCUACAUCUUCCACUUCGAAUGAAAAUGUUCGCUCAGACGACACAAAAACAAAGGGAAGUCGGAAGGGUUUGUUGAUAUCACGACUGAAAAAGAUACAAGCUGAGAAAGUAGUAGCUUCAGGAACUAUCGACAAUUCAGAACCGACAAUGAGUGACUGCAAUCGAGAGGGGGAUAGAUGUGGCAUGUCUGGGGAGAAGGGCUCUCAAACCCAACAAUUCAUAUCUACAAGCGUAGAAAAAAAGCAACGGGAUGAACCCGUUGAUCAAAAAUCAAUUGAUUUGAUUGUGUUAGAAGGAGAUGUUUCAGGAACUAUCGACAAUUCAGAACCGGCAAUGAGUGACUGUGAUCGAGAGGGGGAUAAAUGUGCCAUGUCUGGGGAGAAGGGCUCUCAAGCCCAACAAUUCAUAUCUACAGGCGUAGAAAAAAAGCAACGGGAUGAACCCGUUGAUCAAAAAUCAAUUGAUUUGAUUGAUUUGUUUGUGUUAGAAGGAGGAGAUUAUCCCGGGAGGGCUAUGCGUGGGGGAGGGACUAUGCGUGGGAGAGGGAUUAUGCGUGGGAGAGGGAUUAUACGUGGGGGAGGGACUAUGCGUGGGAGAGGGACUAUGCGUGAGGGAGGGACUAUGCGUGAGGGAGGGACUAUGCGUGAGGGAGGGACUAUGCGUGAGGGAGGGAUGCGUUGGGGAAGAGCCGCCCAAGCUCCAUAUGAACAGCGUUCGCGAAAGGGCGAGGAUGCCAAGAUAGAAGAAGAGCAACAUGAUGCGCAUUUGGUUCCCGUCGAUCUCAACCCUAAACCGUAUGUUCAAAAAUCAAUUGAUUGGUCUGGGCUUUAUUCGUCGCAGAGGUCUUUAAUGGCAUAUGUGCCCGAUGACCAGAAGAAAGAGUUGAGGAUGGAAAUAGAAGGGGGAGAUUAUUCCAAGCAUAUCGAAGUUCCAAAAGCUGUUCUUGAUGUGGCUACGUCAGUAUCUGGGACACUAGCAUCUGCCGCUAAUGCUCUUGCGCAAAAUGCCUCGUACAAUUUACCACAGAAAAAAGUCUUUUUACAAAAUUUGGUCAAAGAACUUACGAAUCAGCGAGCAGGGAGUGGAGAGACGAGAAAAUAUGAAGAAAUUGUGGAUAGUUAA